AUGUUGGCGGACAAUCUGAAUCCUUUGCUUGCUGGUCAAGACGCCAUUCCUGCACAACUAGCCUCCUCCGAUUCUUGUAAAGGCGUUGUUUCCACUGAUCCAGUUGAAAGGGGACAGAAUGAGGCCUUUGCAUUCCCUCCAGAAAUGACCAGCAACAGACCCACUUGGAACCGAAAUUUGUCAUCAGAUCCUACGAAUCCAGCCGCCUCUUUAAGUGAAUUAGACACUGAACGAGUGGCUGUUGUAAAGACCUUCGCUCAGAUGUCUACAAAGGCUUAA